UCCGUCAACAUCCCAACCUACCCCCAAACCUUCCCUUCUCGUCCCUUUAUAACAUGCAUACAUAGAGAGACUUGCUUUGUAGUCUUUACUAGAGAGAGAGAGAGAGAGAGAGAGAGAGAGAGAGAGAUGGAAGAUGUUGUGGAAGUUGUUUCAAUCCCAGUUACACCAAGAACACCAAGAACGGCAGCACCGACACCACCGAUAUCUGCUCCACCAUCCAACCUCCACUCACCCUCCCUCACUCGAUCUCCCCUCCUUCCUCCAUCAGGCCCGAAAACCCCACGAACGCCCCGCUUCAUUACACCGCUAGCCAGCCCCAUGCGUAAAGCGAUCAUUAACAUGCGGGGCUACUUGGAAGACAUGGGUCAUCUCACGAAGCUCGACCCGCAGGAUGCUUGGCUGCCCAUCACUGAGUCGAGAAAUGGAAAUGCCUUCUACUCGGCAUUUCACAAUGUCACGGCAGGGAUUGGAGUUCAGGCGCUCGUGUUGCCCGUCGCCUUCACAUUUCUCGGAUGGACAUGGGGCAUUUUGUGCCUGUGUUUUGCCUUCUCUUGGCAGCUUUACACGCUUUGGAUACUCACCCAACUUCAUGAAUCGGUGCCGGGUACCCGUUACGGCCGAUACAUCCAGCUUUCAAGGGCUGCUUUUGGUGAAAAGCUAGGCACCUGGCUAGCCCUAUUUCCUACCAUGUAUCUAUCAGCCGGCACGUGUACGGCCCUUAUAAUAAUCGGUGGUGGUAGCAUGAAGCUUUUCUUCGAGAACAUAUGCGGGACCAAAUGCGAAUCACAGCCGUUAACAACCAUAGAGUGGUAUUUGGUCUUUGUGUGCUUAGCAGUAGUGCUGGCCCAGCUGCCCAACUUGAAUUCCAUUGCUGGGGUCUCACUAAUCGGUGCAAUCACAGCCGUCAGUUAUUGUACGCUGAUCUGGGUGGUGUCCAUUAGCAAGAGUAGGCCCAUGGGCGUAUCGUACGACCCGAUUAGAGCAAGAUCCGAUACUGCAAGAGUUUUUGGUAUACUAAAUGCGAUUGGGAUCAUUGCUUUCGCUUUUAGAGGCCACAAUCUAGUGUUGGAGAUUCAGUCGACAAUGCCUUCUACACUAAAACAUCCUUCCCAUAUACCCAUGUGGAAAGGUGUGAAGUUCGCAUACCUAGUCAUUGGUAUGUGCUUGUUUCCCAUUGCACUUGGUGGCUACUGGGCCUAUGGUAAUUUGAUACCGGCAAGUGGGAUCUUGACCGCUAUGUAUUCAUUCCAUGGAAAGGACACAUCACGGGCUGUGCUAGGACUAACAAGCUUGCUCGUCGUAAUCAACUGCCUAAGCUCAUUCCAAAUCUACGCAAUGCCUGUGUUCGACAACUUGGAGUCAGGAUACACCAGCAAGCACAACAAGCCAUGCCCGUGGUGGCUCCGGUCAGGGUUCCGAGCAUUCUUCGGUGCAGUGUCCUUCUUCAUAGCCACAGCAUUCCCCUUCUUAUCAAGCCUGGCAGGCCUGAUCGGCGGGAUCGCGUUGCCCGUCACCCUUGCUUACCCAUGUUUCAUGUGGAAUUUGAUCAAGAAACCAGAGAGAUAUAGUGCCAUCUGGUACAUGAAUUUGGGACUAGGAAGCUUAGGUAUGGUUCUAAGUGUACUAGUGGUUGCAGGAGGGGUGUGGAGUAUUCUAGACACAGGCUUCAAGCUACGUUUCUUCAAACCCCAGUGAAGAUGAGAAACAAGAAUGCUUGAAUUUCAAUGGUGAGGAGUUUCCUUGUAUUUUUCAACAAGGGAUGUAUUUGGGAUGAGAGAAGUUUGGAUGGUUUUAGACAUUGUCUUGGCAAAGGGAGAAAUGAGUAAAGGUUUGUGAGGUUUUCUACUUAUUUGAGUGAAAGAGAAUGCAAUAUCUUAGGUCUUGUGCAAAGAUAUGGUAGGGUGGGAAGUUACACGAGACUUGCAUUCUUUGAUGGGAAAUGUCUUAUUGUUGCGUGAGGGGGUACAGAUCCAACAAGUGCAAAAUCUUGAAUUUACUUGCAUUAUUUACUUAAAACAAAAGAAAAAAUUUCAAUUGCUUGCA